ACGUGCACUGAGAUGGUGCGGGGAGAUAAAUAAGGCAGCAGAGGUGGUGGAUGCAAGAACCUCUUUAUGCACACGCACUCUUACGUUGCGCCCUCAGUUGCCCACUGCCGUUCAUGCCUACUUCACGAACAUGGGCGUGAAAUGGCAGCUGGUGACUGUAGUGGUGGUGAGCUUGCUGGUGACGGAGGCGAGGAAAGCGAACGGAAGACAAAUAAACGUGACUGAUGAGAACGCCAGAUUACAACAGUCACUACCUGCUGCAGAUGACGGUGGUAGUGAUGCGGAGGAUGGCAACUUGGUAAAAGUGAUCAAAUACCCACUGGGCCCUGAAACACUUCAGAGGCACCGGGGAUUCAAAUCUCUGCGCUGGUGCCACCUGAGGCAUCCAGAGGAAGCCAGCUACCAGCAGCCACUCAACCCCGGAACCUCAACAAGAAAGACGGAAAAAAAAAAUUAUGUGGAAAAUUCACGUGUGAAAUCAACCUGAAAAAGAGGGGGAAGAAAAAGGGCAAGAAGAAAAGAAUGAGGAGGAGGAGAAGGAGGAGGAGGAGGCGGAAAUUGAAAAAAAACAAGAGGAAGAAGGGUAAUAAGCCACCGGACCCGGAAAUUAUGGUCGGCCCGCCAGGCCCGCCCGGCCCACCUGGACCGCCCGGCCCGUCCGGUCCGGCCGGUCCGCCUGGUCCGUCCGGCAUGCCAGGCCCGUACGGUCUGACAGGAGAUCCAGGUGAGAGAGGUGACCCAGGCCAACCAGGCGAACCAGGUCAAAAAGGUAAACCAGGCGAAAAAGGUCCAAAAGGGGAUUCAGGUACAGAUGGCUGUACAGGUGAAGUUGGCCCGCAAGGUGAACCAGGCCCUCCAGGUGAACCGGGCCCUCCAGGUAAACCAGGCCUUCCAGGUAAAGCAGGCGAUCCAGGUAGUCAAGGUGAGACAGGCGAUCCAGGUAGUCAAGGUGAGACAGGCGAACAGGGCAUGCCAGGUUUACCAGGCGGUCAAGGUGAAACAGAUUACGAAGAAGACCAAGAUGACCAGUCCUGGCAACGUAUGCAAGCCAGUGAGGCCAAGGAAGCGAGCGAGGACGAGGACGAGAACAAAUACGUUGAUGAGGACGAAAACGAGGACAAUGAAGAAGACGAGGACGAUAAUGAGGAUGAGGGCGAGGACAAGAACAAGGACGAGGAUGAGGACGAAGGCGAGGAAGAUGACGAAGACGAGAACGAGAAGGACGAGGACGAGGACGAGGACAAGAACAAGGACGAGGAUGAGGACGAAGAAAUUAUACUGGUGACUAAGAUGAUGGCACUUGGGGCCACAUUGAUGACACUGGUAGCUUAUAUGAUACUGGUGGCCACAAAAAUGCUACUGGUUGCCAAAAAGAUUACAUUUAUGGCCACAGUGAUACUGGUGGCCACAAUGAUGACAAGUAAAUGA